CCAUGAAGACAAUAUUACAUCCCAUUGGUAAAAGAUGGCACCUUUAAUGAAGUGGAAGCUCCCUCUGCUGGCCGUAUAUAUACUGUACUGUGUCGAUAACGUUACAAGAAAAGGUUGCACAGUCGCCUUAUGAGAAAAUAAAAAUAGUUUUCAGGUUCUUGUGCAAACAGCUGGAAUUUGACGGGUUAAAAAUGGACGGCCAUUCUAAAUAAUAAAUGCAAAACAAAAACAAAUAUCGUCUAGGACGCAGCCGACGAGAUCGUCUUUGUUUCACAAGUGCGCACCAACUUCACCCGCUGGGAAUAAAAAGAUCCCCGCAGCACACACCCACAGAACGCCCCUCUCCUCCAUCAACAUCACAGUAGAAAGUCAGCCUGGCUGCCGCUGUGGCACAUUUCCAGCAACUGCGCACAGGAAGCUCGUCGCUAGUCCCCGAUUGCGGAUCUUCUCCGACACGCUGCAGCAUGCAAGAACGCCUCCACGCUUCGCCUUGAGCGCCGUGGCGGUGAGUUGCAGCAUGACAAUGGUGCAAGCUUGCUUCUGCGGGGCCCCUUCGGUGACUUUGCUUCAGAGGAAUGGAUUGUUCGUCGGCUCUGAGAACGAAUGUGAUGCUCGUGGACUCUAAAAUUCAUUUGGAGUGGAUCGCUCAACCUCCGGUGCUGCCUUCAGUCCUUCUUUCUUCCCUGCCACUCAUGGCGGAGAGACGCUAAUUAGAGAACAUCUUAAUUGAUGAAGAACAACCACGUCGGGCUUUGACCUCCAGCCUUACGCUGUUUCUCAUUUGGGAUUUCUUCUCUUGUGGCGCAUCUUCAGCACGUCUCUCGCUCGUCCGACCUUUAUUUCAGUACAAUGCCGGUGAACGCGUUGCCCCGGGCUGUCGUCGGCGGCCAGGGCUCCCUCAGCCCGGCGUCGCUAUCCCGGAGCCUCUCCCGGCUGAGGGAAUACCGGACUCGGACCCGGAUCAUGCUGGCUCUUGGAGUCUCUCAGAUGGUGCUGGGGAGCCUCAUCCUGGCCGUCAGCUUCGCAGCUCUGGCUCUCACCACGUCUCCCAGGGUGCGCCACUCCUGCCCUUUUUGGGCCGGUUUCUCUGUUCUUCUCUCUGGGCUUAUUGGUGUAGUGUCCUGGAAGAGGCCACUAUCACUGGUGAUCACAUUCUUCAUGUUGUUGUCAGCAGUUUGUGUGAUGCUCAACCUGGCAGGUUCUAUCCUCUCCUGCCAGAAUGCUCAGCUAGUCAACUCACUGGAAGAAUGUCAGCUGCUCAAGUUUGACAGCGAUGGAGUGUGCGUUUGCUGUGAGUUACAACAAGAGAGUUCAAGCUGUAACAACCUUGGAGAGACGCUGAAGCUUAACCCACUCAGAGAUUGCAAUACCAUACGCUUACGUCUCAAGGAGCUGCUUUUCAGCGUAUGUGCACUUAACGUCAUCUCUACCAUUGUUUGUGCCCUAGCGACGGCCAUGUGCUGCAUGCAGAUUGUGUCUACUGAUGUGCUGCAGAUGUUUAUGCCGCACCGAACAAGAGAGUUAAAUACUGAAUGUAUGACUCCCCAUGGAACUAUCCUCCACCAAACAAUGGACUUCGAUGAGUUUAUUCCUCCUAUUCCUCCACCACCGUACUAUCCUCCUGAGUAUACCUGCACACCAUCAAUGGAUGGGCAAAGAGGCCUGCACCUAGACUUCCCCCAUUCUCCCUUCAGUGCCAUUUAUGGGGUGCCCAUCAACAGCCCUGGCACUCUGUACCCGACUGACCUCCCCCCACCAUAUGAAUCUGUGGUGGGGCAGACGCCUGCAAGCCAGGUCACUACCAGCAUUGAACAACAGGAAUCCAGUCUAUGUGACAGAAACACAACAGCAGGAUUUAGCACUCAAGCCUCUGUCGACAGUGCGUCCCUAAUGGUGUCGGAAGUUGUUGAUCAAGACAACACUUGUUCAUCAGAUGACUUGUAUUCCCUCGAGGUCCAAGGCUCAGAUUACUCUCCCUACAGCACGCCCCACACCGGCCCAACCAAUGGAAGCUGCACCAGCCUUGAGCUUUGUACUCGCAGACGGUGCCCCCAUGGCUUCUCUAACACCGACGCCCGCCCCAGUGACACUGGAUUCAGUGAGUCCUCACAUACUCGGGAGUCCUUUGAACACUCUCCAGACUGGUCUUCUGAAAACUAUAGCAAUUUGGACCAAGAGGAGUCUGCGGACAACUCACGUGUAUGUGAGGAAUUUAGGUCUGCUAUGCACCUUUGUGAUGAGCUUGCAUCAGCCAAACAUUUGCCAGAAGAGCCACAGAAAUUGUCACCACAUUCUCUCAUUAAGGCACGAAUGAUGAGCCGGAAACUCCCGCUUCCUGUUCCUGUCCCUGUCCCCCCAUCUCCUCAGCCUUGCUCCCCCACCUCAGUGGCCUCCAGUGGUGGAACUCUAGCUAUCAGUCCCUUAGCUCCCUCUCCAUCUCCUCCCAGCCGGCUGAGAGGCCCCCGGUUGUGCUUUAGCGUAUGGGCACCCUCCAAUACUCCACAGCCCCCAUCUACCUCAUCUCAAAGUGGACGUUCACCCGCAGAGAAGCCGAGAGUGCUCCGUGCUGCCAGGAAGUACCGCAAGCUGGCACGUAUUGUCCGUUCAACCAGUGACCCCAUCUCCUGCUCCUCUACGACUGGAAGAGAAUCUUGCACAUCCACCUCUGCAGUUAAUGCUUCAGCUGGAGAUUCAGCUCAUGCGUCAUCAUCACCAGAGCAAGAGCAAACAAGUAUUUCUGCAGAAGGCACUGGAGGCAAACCGAGUCAUAAAUCCACCAAGAAGCACCAAAAGGAGAUCAGAAAAAUAGACCUCCACCUUAAAAGCAGACCUCUGCAAGGACACUCCUCACACGAGCGACCACAGUCCCUGGCUGACCUCAAAAUGUAUAAAGACACUAAAAUAUUGGUGGCCAAGUUCCUGGAGCAUUCAAGCUGCAAUUUACCUCCUGAAGUCCAGCAAGUUGUCAACAAUAUCAAGUGUGUCAUCAGGUCUGACGAGAAACACAUGGAGGAGGCCAUAUUUAGUGCAAAUGUCAUAGAUCAGGUGAUGACCCAGCGCAUAAGUCUCAGUCCCAGGAAACGCAGCCAAGAGGAUCUUCAUCUCCAAAGCUGUGGUGCUUUGAGUUCUUCCCCGUCCAUGCGCCGUCCCAAAAAUCUCCCUGAAAGCACCAGUACCUGUACCAAUUCCCUGGAGUCACCUUCCUUGGAACAAAGCCUUGACUGCAGGGAAACUAUUCUCUGACCACCAUCUUCACAAGGACCUGGGUUUAAGCUAUGAGGGCAUUCCAAAGUGCUCAUCUUGCAGCCACACUGUGCUGUAGAGUAAUUCAUAAGCAGUCCAGAAUCAUGAGGUCAUGUUUGCACAGUAUGUUUGUGUGGCACAAGGAAAGGGGAAGAGGCUCACCUCGAGCCCGAAGAAAGUGUCCACAGUCAUCAGCAGAAAUAGUAGCAAACUCGGACUGGGCCUGCCUGUCUGUAGUGGCUUUUUUUUCAUCAUCACAAAACAAAAAUGUUUCACCCUCAGGGGAUUUUUUUUGUUUUGUUUUUUGCUAUUAUUUUUGUUAUUAUUGUAUAUCAUCACCGCAUUUCCACUAAACCGGGAUCUUUCAUUUACAGACAAAUGAUAUUGUGUUACAGUAUUGGUAUUUUUCUUGUCAUUUUGUGAAACAGGAAGAACUAUAAAUAGAAAAUAUUCUACUGUGAACUGGAGAGAAUGGUCUUUUCUAGCCAAUGUUUGGAGAGUCUGUGGAACUAUUACAAUUAGGAUGGUGAAUAUUUUGUGGUGCCACUGGUUCAAGAAUGUGACAAAUAUUUUGACUUACCUCAUUGUGUUCUAUUUCUUAUCAGUGUUCGAAUAAAA